AAGUAUAGAUCUGAAGAUGGAAUAGAAAUAACUAAUAAAGUUAGUUUAAGCAAUGAUUUUCAAAGUAACUCUGAUGCAAAGUAUAGAGUUGCAAUAGUUGAUUUCGGGGUUAAGGCUAGUAUAGUUUUGCGUUUAAUGGAGUUGGAUUGUGCAAUUAAGUUAAUAAAACCAACUAAAGGCUUUUCUCAGAAAGUGUUAAGUUUUAAGCCGGACGGUAUAGUAUUUUCUAAUGGUCCUGGUGAUCCAAAAGAGAUAGGAAAGGGUGUUACUUCGGAAAUAGAUAUUAUUUUAAGAUCCGGAAUACCAGUUUUUGGUAUAUGUAUGGGGCAUCAAUUACUUGCAAUAACUCUUGGGGCAAAAACUGUUAAAAUGAGCAGUGGUCAUCGAGGGAGUAACCAUCCGGUUUAUGAAAUAAGCAGUGAAAAAGUGGAAAUAACCAGUCAAAAUCAUGGUUUUGUUGUUGAUCCAGACUCACUUCCCAAUAAUGUUAAGGUUACUCAUAUUUCAUUGUUUGAUGGGAGUAUUGAGGGGAUAGCUGUAAAGGACCAUCCGAUAUUUUCUGUGCAAUAUCAUCCAGAAGAGGCGCCUGGCACACAUGAUUCACAUUAUUUAUUUAAGCGUUUUAUUGAUAAUAUUAAAUUUUACAAAGUGUAA